AUGGACGGCCAGUCCCUCGAGUACGCAAACGAGAGCAAUGCGGACAGAAUCGUCGGCGUUGUCGGCGCCUUUCACUUUCUAGCGUGCUCUUUCGUCUCUUUGCGUAUCUACGCUCGAGUUGUCGUUCUCAGAGCGUUCGGUCUAGAUGAUGCUCUCAUUGUCGUCGCUGCUUUUCGGACCAAGCUUCUAGCACUGGCAUCGUGGAUUUGCCUAGUCCUCCAGAUACCACACGGCCUCGGCCGUCAUGCAGCAACGAUAGCGAUUGACGAACGAAUAAAAUUUGAGCAAAUCACCUUCUGGAAGACAGUGAUUUCGGAUGGAGUGGCCAUGGGAUUGUUGAGAAUUUCCAUGGCAUACACCUUGCUCCGACUAAAGAGAGACCUCAACUGGUACCGGUGGUCGUUGUACGCCGUGAUGGGCUUCGUUGUUGCGUAUUCAAUCCAAGCUAUAGUCUGGCUGUUUGUUUACUGCACCCCUUACUCUGGAUGGUGGGAGUUCCAAUGGAUGAAUCCGUUUGAUCCAAGGUGCCACGAUUUCAAUGUCUUCCUCAACCUCACAUACUGGAACAUAGCGUGCAAUAUUUUCACCGACGUCUGCUUGGGAGCUUUGCCCAUUCCGAUCAUCUGGAGCCUUAAGAUGAAACUUCGAGUCAGAAUCUAUGUGAUAGCAAUCCUCAACUUGGGAUAUUUCGCUGUAUUGAUGGGAAUCCUCAAAGCCGUGUUUAUGCUUACAACCGGCGGCGCCCCUGACGCUAUUUUUGACUAUUGGGUUCACUUUUGGCAAAAUCUCCAGCUCAACAUCGGUAUCAUAGCAGCAUGCGCAUCCUUCCUCAAGCCCCUCGUCGGUCGCUACUUGAAGAUCAACAGCUCUGCUGGCUACUAUCCCAGCUACGAGAGAUACAAUCACAGCGGCCGAACACCACUUAGCACCGGGACGGGUGGGAAAAAAGCCCAAGUUCAUAGCAAAAGGCGAACUAUGAUUCGCGAAGGAAACCUGCAGGACGAAUACGAGCUGCAAAAGAAGGAUGCAAUGCAUAUCAGAGAGCAACAGAUGUCUCCGACCACAACUGAGAUCCAUGCAGGGCGCUCUAUGAGGAACCUUGGGGAUAUAAUGGGCUCUGUUUAUCCCUCAGGCGCAGCCUCAGAUACAAACAGUGAAGAGUUGAUUUUGCAGAAGACGGAGCCGGCGCAGGGAAUUGUCUGUACGAGGAACUUUACUGUACAUUACAGCAACAAAUGA